GACCCGCGUGCGCCCGUCCUCCUCGUCCUGGUCCUCCUCCUCGGCGCCGGACCCCGCAGACAUCAUCCGUCCGUCUGUCCACCCCGCGGCCCGCCAUGAAGCUGUGACAGAGGCAGGACAGUUGGAGAUUGUUGGCACAGAAGAAACGAAAAUAAUGUGUUGAAGAUGCCUUUAUUACUAUAGAGAAUGGAAAACUACCUUGAAUUUACCCCAACUAGCAGCUCCUAUUUACCUUAAGGUUGGAAAACACAAUGGCAGGAAACAGCCUUGUUCUCCCCAUUGUUCUUUGGGGACGCAAAGCUCCAACCCACUGCAUCUCCUCAGUGCUUCUAACAGAUGAUGGGGCCACGAUUGUGACAGGCUGCCAUGAUGGACAGAUAUGUCUCUGGGAUAUUUCAGUGGAACUAGAAAUCAAUCCUCGAGCACUGCUGUUUGGCCACACUGCUUCAAUCACUUGUCUCUCCAGAGCCUGCGCCUCCACUGACAAGCAGUAUAUUGUGAGUGCAUCUGCAAGUGGAGAGAUGUGUCUCUGGGAUGUGAGUGAUGGCAGAUGUAUUGAAUUUACAAAAUUAGCCUGUACACAUACUGGCAUACAGUUCUACCAGUUCUCUGUUGGCAACCAGCGGGAAGGCAGGCUUUUAUGCCAUGGCCACUACCCUGAAAUUCUCGUUGUGGAUGCUACCAGCCUUGAGGUGUUAUACUCCUUAGUAUCAAAGAUAUCGCCGGACUGGAUCAGCUCCAUGAGUAUCAUCCGAUCCCACCGGACACAAGAGGACACUGUGGUAGCGCUUUCAGCUACAGGCAUCUUGAAGGUGUGGAUUGUUACCUCUGAAAUAAGUGGCAUGCAGGACACCGAGCCAAUAUUUGAGGAGGAAUCCAAACCAAUUUAUUGCCAGAAUUGCCAAAGCAUCGCUUUCUGCGCAUUCACACAAAGGUCACUUCUGGUUGUGUGCUCCAAAUAUUGGAGGGUGUUUGAUGCGGGAGACUAUUCCCUGUUGUGCUCAGGUCCUAGUGAGAAUGGACAGACGUGGACUGGGGGAGACUUUGUGUCAGCUGACAAAGUCAUCAUUUGGACUGAAAAUGGGCAAAGUUACAUUUACAAAUUACCUGCCAGCUGCCUUCCAGCUAGUGAUUCAUUCCGCAGUGAUGUGGGGAAAGCAGUUGAAAAUUUAAUUCCUCCCGUGCAACACAGCCUUCUGGAUCGAAAAGAUAAAGAGUUGCUAAUUUGUCCUCCUGUCACUCGGUUCUUCUAUGGAUGCAAGGACUAUUUCCAUAAGCUCUUAAUUCAGGGAGAUUCUUCUGGAAGGUUAAAUAUUUGGAGCAUACCAGACACAGCUGAUGGGCAGGAAGGUGAUGAAGGGCUGAAAAUGACAACUUCUAUGAGUUUGCAAGAGGUGUUUGAUAAACUGAAUCCUUGUCCCGCUGGAAUUAUAGAUCAGCUAAGUGUGAUUCCCAACAGUCACGAACCUCUUAAAGUAACUGCAAGUGUGUACAUACCAGCCCAUGGACGACUUGUGUGCGGCCGGGAGGACGGAAGCAUCGUCAUUGUUCCUGCCACGCAGACGGCCGUCGUGCAGCUGCUGCAAGGGGAGCACAUGCUCCGGAGAGGUUGGCCACCUCACAGGACACUCCGUGGUCAUCGGAACAAGAUCACGUGUUUACUGUACCCUCACCAGGUCUCAGCUCGCUAUGACCAGAGAUACCUGAUUUCUGGAGGUGUGGACUUUUCUGUCAUCAUUUGGGACAUAUUUUCUGGAGAGAUGAAGCAUAUUUUCUGUGUGCAUGGUGGUGAAAUUACCCAGCUCCUGGUACCACCGGAGAACUGCAGUGCAAGAGUGCAGCACUGUGUCUGCUCUGUGGCCAGUGACCAUUCUGUUGGACUUCUGAGUCUGAGGGAGAAGAAGUGUAUCAUGCUGGCAUCACGCCACCUGUUUCCCAUCCAGGUGAUCAAGUGGAGGCCCUCUGAUGACUACCUGGUGGUGGGAUGUUCUGAUGGCUCUGUGUAUGUCUGGCAAAUGGACACUGGUGCCCUGGACCGCUGUGUGAUGGGGAUCACAGCUGUCGAAAUCCUCAGUGCUUGUGACGAGGCGGUGCCUGCUGCCGUGGAUUCGCUGAGCCACCCAGCAGUCAAUCUGAAACAAGCUAUGACCAGACGUAGUCUUGCUGCCCUUAAAAAUAUGGCCCACCAGAAGCUGCAGACCCUUGCAACGAACCUCUUGGCUUCUGAGGCAUCUGACAAGGGAAAUUUGCCUAAAUAUUCUCAUAACUCCCUGAUGGUUCAAGCAAUAAAGACAAACCUGACAGACCCGGACAUCCAUGUGCUCUUCUUUGACGUGGAAGCUCUGAUUAUUCAGCUCCUGACAGAAGAGGCCUCUAGGCCGAAUACUGCACUUAUUUCCCCUGAGAAUCUGCAGAAGGCGUCCGGUAGUGCAGACAAAGGCAGCUCCUUUCUGACUGGGAAGCGGGCAGCAGUUCUUUUCCAGCAGGUGAAGGACACCAUUAAGGAGAACAUCAAGGAGCAUCUGCUGGAUGAGGAGGAGGACGAAGAGGAGCUGAUGCGGCAGAGAGGCGAGGAGAGUGAUCCUGAGUACCGGGCCAGCAAGUCCAAGCCCCUGACCCUGCUGGAGUACAAUCUCACUAUGGACACCGCCAAGUUAUUCAUGUCCUGUCUCCAUGCUUGGGGCUUGAAUGAGGUUCUAGAUGAAGUGUGCCUCGAUCGCCUGGGAAUGCUGAAACCCCACUGCACUGUUUCCUUUGGUCUCCUGUCAAGAGGAGGUCAUAUGUCACUAAUGCUUCCUGGUUAUAAUUUGGCUGCUGGUAAAACCCCCCAUGGGAAUGAAGGAGGAAGGAAGGUGACUGCAGCCGAGGGAGCAGGGAAGGGAACGUACGCAGUGUCUCGAGCGGUCACCACCCAACAUCUCCUGUCUGUCAUAUCCUUGGCAAAUACUUUAAUGAGUAUGACCAACGCGACGUUUAUUGGCGAUCAUAUGAAGAAGGGCCCGGCCAGGCCUCCUAGACCAAGUACCCCAGAUCUUUCUAAGGCAAGGGGUUCCCCUUCAACUUCCAGUAAUAUUGUACAAGGACAAAUUAAACAAGCCACUGCCCGUGCCGGCUCCGCGCGGUCUGACGCUGCUCACCCUGCCUCUGACCCUGCUACCACUCCUGCUGUACCUUCCUGUUUCUUAGUCAAUGAAGGUUGGAGUCAGUUAGCUGCUAUGCACUGUGUCAUGCUGCCAGACUUGCUGGGGCUGGAUAAGUUUAGGCCCCCACUGCUGGAGAUGCUAGCGCGAAGAUGGCAAGAUCGAUGUUUAGAGGUAAGGGAGGCUGCACAGGCCCUACUGCUAGCAGAGUUGAGAAGAAUUGAGCAGGCAGGACGAAAAGAAGCCAUUGACACCUGGGCUCCUUACUUACCUCAGUACAUGGACCAUGUCAUAUCACCUGGGGUAACAACGGAAGCCAUGCAGACUGUGACCACUGCUCCUGAUGCCGCAGGGCCAGAAGGCAAAAUCCAGGGAGAAGAACAAGACCUCGUGGAUGAUGACAUUGCUGCGGGUUGCUUGUCAAGUGCCCCACAAAUGAAAAAAAUUUCCACCUCGUAUGAAGAGAGACGGAAGCAGGCCACUGCGAUUGUCCUACUAGGAGUGAUAGGAGCAGAAUUCGGUGCUGAAAUUGAGCCUCCAAAACUGUUGACCAGGCCCCGAAGCUCUAGUCAGAUUCCCGAAGGAUUUGGUUUGACUAGUGGAGGAUCCAACUAUUCACUGGCCAGACAUACUUGCAAAGCGCUGACGUUUCUUCUGCUCCAGCCGCCGAGUCCCAAGCUUCCUGCGCACAGCACCAUCCGGCGCACAGCCAUCGACCUGAUCGGGCGCGGGUUCACCGUGUGGGAGCCUUACAUGGAUGUGUCGGCCGUUCUCAUGGGGCUGCUGGAGCUCUGUGCAGACGCCGAGAAGCAGCUUGCCAACAUCACAAUGGGGCUGCCUCUGAGCCCAGCAGCUGACUCGGCCCGCUCUGCAAGGCAUGCCCUCUCCCUCAUUGCCACUGCCAGACCACCCGCCUUCAUCACCACCAUAGCCAAGGAGGUACACAGGCAUACGGCUCUGGCCGCAAACACCCAGUCGCAGCAGAACAUACACACGACAGCCCUGGCCCGAGCCAAAGCGGAAAUCCUGAGAGUCAUUGAGAUUCUGACAGAGAAGAUGCCCACGGACGUUGUAGAUCUGCUUGUGGAGGUUAUGGACAUCAUUAUGUAUUGCCUUGAAGGGUCUCUGGUGAAAAAGAAAGGGCUUCAAGAGUGCUUCCCAGCCAUCUGCAGGUUCUACAUGGUCAGCUAUUACGAGCGGAGUCACAGAAUAGCAGUUGGAGCACGCAGUGGUUCAGUGGCCCUGUACGACCUCCGGACUGGAAAAUGUCAGACAAUCCACGGACACAAGGGACCAAUCACUGCUGUGUCAUUUGCUCCCGACGGACGGUAUCUUGCCACCUACUCCAACACUGACAGCCACAUUUCCUUCUGGCAGAUGAACACAUCACUCUUGGGAAGCAUUGGCAUGCUGAACUCAGCACCUCAGCUCCGCUGCAUUAAGACCUACCAGGUGCCCCCAGUGCAGCCUGCAUCUCCUGGCUCGCACAAUGCCCUCAGGCUGGCCCGGCUCAUCUGGACUUCCAACCGCAAUGUCAUCCUUAUGGCCCACGACGGGAAGGAGCACCGCUUCAUGGUCUAACACUGCUGGCUUCCACCCGGACUGCCUGUUAGUUCCCUUAUCUCAAGGCUGAUAUUGCUCUGUCCUUACACCAAGCUGUUGUUCAGUACCUGCCCUUCCCAGUGCCACCCAGGGGAGUGGCCAGGCCCGUGUCACUUGUGCAUGCUUUGUGGGGGCAGGAUCUACACAGGCCACUUACUGAUUGAGGAAUGCACACACCACUCAACAGGAUGUGACCAUUCUGUCACUGGAUAGUUUUUGUAGUUUUUCGCUGCCAGAGAUGGGUGGGUAGAGCCUGCGGUUCCUGGGACGCUGUUGUUGCUGGGUGCAACAGAAGCUGAAAAUCAAUAACCACUGUGAUUGACCCCCCAGCCCUUGAAGCCCGGCUCUGAAGUGCCGCUUACAUCUGGCCAGGCUGACCCGGGUGUUGACGCAGUGCACAGCCCUCAUUAUUGAAAUUUCUUCCCUCUGGAUUUCCUGAGACAUUGUUUACCAAGCCCGGUCUGUGUUUACAUGUUUUCCCCUCUAGUGAUUGCUAGGAAAUUACUCAAUCUAGUUUCCUAGGAUUUAGCUAGUACCUUCUGUAGUAACACCUGAUUUGAGGUUAAUGAGAACAUGCUGAAACACGAUAUAUUUUCCUUGCAGAAAUUACUUUUCCAGAUACCUACCUAUCCAAAAUGUUCAUUUCCUGCUUAAGUAUGUAUUUAGUAGUUUAAAAAUCAUCACUGUUAAUGAGCUUGUGAACAUGACUCUCUAGGGUGUUGGCAGCACAGCGCACAUGUGAAGUGAAGGCGCUCCCUCGUGUGCGCUGUUGAUGCUCGUGUUCAGGAAAGAGCGUCCUCCUCCCCACGGCAGCACCCCGGCCUGCAGCGCACAUGUGUGCACUGCAUGUCCUUUAUCAAUGUAUGUAACUGCCGCUACAAGCACCCUACCCAGGACUGAUCCCUCAGAGAAAACCUAGGAAGGCUUUCUUUAAAGUACACAUCCUAGAAACCUAAUAGCACAUUGCUCAGCGUGUGCAUGCGCAUGUGAAAGCACCCACUGGGGGGGAUGGGCUCUGCAGUGAGGGCGCUUGUCUUGCAAGCUUCAUGGCAGCUCUCAUGCAGUCUCCUUCUCUUCUGAUGGCAGAUUACGUCAGUCAGUAAUGGGAAACCUUCAGCAUAGCAUAGCAUUGUAUGAAUUGCUCCUAUCAAGCUUUCAUCUAUAUGUAGUUGGGAAGUGUGGUUAGUUGUUGAAAAUGGUUUAUUAAACACAAAAAGAGAAAAGGAUACAAAAUUUACAGAGAAACCAAAACAAUGGGAGCAUUUAAUCUUAGAUGUGUAAAUUGUCAAAGUUUACAUAGUUCUUGUAGAUACAAAAAAGUUAGGAUCAAAUAGAUGUGUUCCUUUGCUGAAACAGAUUUUUGAAGAACUCACUAAAACAGUAAGAGCCCAGAACGUUUCUUGAAUGCUGAUGUAACUUCCACAGAUGGCAACUUUUAUGUAAGACUGUUCCUUGGUUCUGGAUGGUGGGUGUUCUUUCAAAGGUGAAUUUUUGCCAUGUGCAUCAUACUUAUGAUUAUGUAUUCAGCUUCCGAUGAAGAAACCAGAACUGUGCAGUAUAGACUUUGUCCAGUGAACAUGCUGUCAUAUUCGGUGUACAUGGAGAAAUAUAAGGUAAACUAAGGCACUUUGUUUUCCCAGCAGGCUCCUGAGUCUGCUCUAUACCCAGCACAGUUUACUUUGUGGACCUCAAUGGGAGUUAAUUUAUUCUAGACUAUGAAACUGUUUGGAAUGAUGGGAUAAACAUACGGCCUUAGGAAUUUUUUUAAACAAAAUGUUCUAUGUGUGAGGAAAGAGGUAUGGGACUGGUAAGCAGGAUGCCGCCCAUGUACGGAGGACACGACCUUAGAGGUUGGAAGAAAGCAGCUAGGGUGGGAAGAAACAAAGCCCUUGGCCAUGGCCGUGGGUCAUCUUUCCAUGACCUGUAUGCGCAGGUGGCAGUAAGACAUAAGGACUGGAAAACUAGGGAAGAAACUUGACAGCGAGAAGAAUCUUAAACUACUAAACUAAUAUUUACAUUCUUGUUCAAUAAUGCUCUCAUUGUGGCUAUUUGACAGCCAUAGUCCCAAACUUCAUCCCAGCUUGGCUUUCUCACCACUGAGGUAAACCUUGUAUUGUCAUCUCAGUUUACAGUUUUAGUGUUUUAUUGAUUUUGUUGGCAUAGCAUUUGGACCUGUCCUUGUAAAUGUAAAGACACAUGUGACUUCACUGGCAAUUUACAAGCAAAGGGUGACAUGCGUGACACCUGUAUGAAAAUGUUGUGAUGAUUGAACUCACUGUGUACAGAAAGUGAAUUAAAAUGUCUGCCUCCCAAGACAUUUCUGUAUGACUCCACUUAAUAGAUUCUUUAUGUGUUGAAUGUCCCUGUGUACAUAUGUGUGUCAAAUAAAACUGAAUUGUACUGCA